AGGCGCGGGCAGUUUCGCAACUUCACCCGCACGACUAACCUUGCACUUUGCAAUCCUUGUCGUGAAACCUCGACCAAGUUAUGUGCAGUGUGACGUGUUAAACUUGCUAUUGCUGCUGGUGAUUAUACCUAUCGUGACUGUGUUACUCUUCCAGCUAUGGAAAAGGAAAUAGACGUGGAACAUUUGAUAUCUCUGGUGUCUCAGCAGCCCGUGAUAUGGGACAAAAACUCGCCGGACUUUCAUUCCCGCGCUCUCACAGACCUGGCUUGGCGGGAAGUGUGCGGGCAACUCGACACGCAUUUUAACGACAAGACCGACAGGGACAAAUCUCAUUAUUCUAAAAUGGUGUUGUCGAGAUGGAGAAAUAUCCGUGACCAGUGGCAGAAAGCUUGCAAGAAAGUUGCCUGCCAGAAUAGAACAGGAUCGACAAGAAAGGCGAAGAAAUAUAUUUACCACGAUCAGUUAUCUUUCUUGAUCCAGGCUGAAGACGCCAAGUCCCAAGAGUCCAGCUUUAGCGAGGAAAACAAACCGGAACUUAUCGCAGUUAACGUGGAAGAAUGUGACAGCUUGGUAGAAUACAUGCCAUCUAAAAGGGCAAGACUUGUCACAAACGGUGAAGAAAGUGAGAGCAUUUAUAAAGACCCACUAAAUCUAAACCUGCACAGUUUCAUGUUAGAUAUCAAGAGGGAAGCUGACGACCCCAAAUUAAGUUUUUUCAAGAGUAUAUUGCCAAGCGUAGCGGACUUCACGAGUGACGAGUUUCUUCAUUUGCAGUCACGAACUCUGUGUAUAAUUCAAGACAUCAAAAUGAAUCGCAAGUUUCCAAAUCGGUCUCAAUCGAUUCAACAGCACGUAUGCACCUGCGGAGUGCAUUCAUCACAAUGUAGUUAUGUAAGCUCAGGGCCUUCAGUACUGCCAACUACACAACAACAAAUAUCCCAGUCUUGUACCAGCAGGACAUCGUCCAGAGACACCGCAGACUUGUAAACCAACAAGUACCUCGCCAGCUACAACCCCCACUCCAGAGAUGAUGCGGGUAUCAGUUUACACCGUCCAUGUUCUGCGUGAAAUUGAUCUUUAACUAGGAUACACACCGUAUAUCACAACCAAUAAAUUAACCAUCGUUGUGUGACAAACCUAGAUUGAAACUUAUGUCUCUUAGUUUAUUUUUCAUCGUCUCCCUAUGCGGGGACGUUAUUCGGAUAGAUGGAAAGAGAUACUGCAAUAACAUAAGAAUACAUUCCUGUUAGAUUUAAGUUUAUUAACUAGUUCAAACAGUAUGUAUCUCAUCACGAUUAAGUAAUUUUUAAAAAUUGUAUUUUUACUAAUUUUAACCAGACAUAUAGUAACUUUUAAUCAACCACUGCAACACAAUAUAUACAUAAUAUAUAACCUCUUGAACAAAAUAAAAUAAUUUGAAUUCAAUAUUUGUGACGGAAGCGACAAUUUAUCGGUUUUAAUAGUAGCAAAAUAUGUGUAUAUAGUAUUAUAGAAUGUAUUUAUUUAUCUUACAAGUAUUUGUUUAGUGUUCCUAUACCAAAAUUGUAAGAUGUUCGUAAAUUUAAAAGUAUGUGCUCAUCGAAGCUUGUCGAUUUGACUCUACCUGUAAUUAUUUUGGUGGUGGACUUUUCUGUCGACUAAGUUAAUAAAUCUUUGCCCACCUCCAUUUCUAAGUAGUUUUGACCCUAUUACAGAACCAUUUGUUUAUAUAUCUUCCUUUUCGUUAUUUUUCACGAAGUUCAUUAUAUUUUAUGAAUUAAUGGAACAUACUCGUAUUUUCUUUGCAAACAGUAAAAUCAAGCCUGUUACUUUUUAAUUUGUUCGUUAAUUUAAUACGCAAGUUUUGUUGUGUGCGAUUUUAAUAAAGACAUUGUUAAAAAUUA